GGCGGUGCGGGCUCGGCCGAGCGGGCUCGGAGCCGCUGCCUCCUCCUCUCCUCCUUCCUCCUCCUCCUCCCGUGCCUCCUCCUCCUCCUGCCGCUGCCUUGGCUGCCGUGCCCGCUGCAUGCGGCGGGGCUCGGGCGGGAUGCGGGGCCCGGGGCUGCGCGGGGCCGUGCCGCUGCUGGGCUGCCUGCUGGCCGCGGCGUCCAGCACGCGGCCCGAGUGCAGCAUCAUGCUGGAGAUCGAGGAGGAGCGCAGCCAGUGCCUGGCAGAGCUCACCUGGGACAACCACACCUCAGGCUGCAGGAGGCAGUGGGACAACAUCACGUGCUGGCCUGAAGCAGAGGUGGGAGAAGUUGUGGUACGGCCAUGCCCCAAGUACUUCAGGUUCCUGACCUCCUACCUGGGGAAUGUGACCAGGAAUUGUACAAGCCAGGGCUGGUCAGAUGUGUACCCUGCACCCUACACUGUAGCUUGUGGAUAUGAUUCCAACAGCACUCCAGGGGAAGAGCAAACAGCGUUCUAUGGAACGGUCAAGACCGGCUACACCAUCGGGCACACCCUGUCCCUCAUUGCCCUCACAGCUGCCAUGAUCAUCCUGUGUCUCUUCAGAAAACUACACUGUACUCGAAAUUACAUUCACAUGCACCUCUUCAUGUCCUUCAUCAUGAGAGCCAUCGCAGUCUUCAUCAAGGAUGUCAUCCUGUUUGAAAGUGGGGAGUCUGAGCACUGCUUUGUGAGUUCAGUGGGCUGCAAGGCCAUGAUGGUUUUCUUCCAGUACUGUGUCAUGGCCAACUUCUUCUGGCUGCUGGUGGAGGGGUUGUACCUUCACACCCUGCUGGUCAUCUCCUUCUUCUCGGAGAGGAAAUACUUCUGGUGGUACAUCCUGAUCGGCUGGGGUGCCCCCUCCGUGUUCAUCACUGCCUGGACAAUUGUCAGGAUUUACUUUUUCGAUGUUGGGUGCUGGGAGGAAAUAGUGGAAUCCCCAUUCUGGUGGAUCAUUAAAACUCCUAUUUUGGUGUCUAUUUUGGUGAACUUCAUCCUCUUCAUCUGCAUCAUCCGUAUCUUAGUCCAGAAGCUGCAUUCCCCAGAUGUUGGGCACAACGAAACCAGCCAAUAUUCGAGGCUGGCCAAGUCCACUCUGCUGCUGAUCCCUCUCUUUGGCAUUCACUACAUCAUGUUUGCUUUCUUCCCUGACAAUUUCAAAGCAGAAGUGAAGCUGGUCUUUGAGCUCGUGGUUGGGUCAUUCCAGGGGUUUGUGGUGGCUGUGCUGUACUGCUUUCUCAAUGGAGAGGUGCAAGCUGAGCUCAAGAGGAAGUGGCGGAGGUGGCACCUGGAGCGGUUCCUGGGCUCGGACAUGAAGUACCACCACCCUUCCCUGGGCAGCAACGGCACCAACUUCAGCACCCAGAUCUCCAUGCUGACCAAGUGCUCGCCAAAGACGCGCCGCUGCUCCGGCUUCCAGGCCGAGUUCUCCCUGGUGUGAGAGGCUCCCCAGGCACUGAGCAUCCCAAACUGAGACACGAGGAUCCCCGGGAAUCAGUGAUCCCAUGAGAAACCCCUGUGAAAUGACCUGCUCCACAUGAGCCAACAGAGGACACACAACUGGAAAAGCCGCUGGCGUCCAGGAUGAGAUCGGACGAGCCAAGAGGAAGGAACACUUUUGCUCUUCCUCUUUUCAGGCCUUUCACUCUUCAGUUUCCAGCCCUCAGGGAUUGAUAGCUCUGAGGAAUUGUCCCACUUAAGCUUCAGUUUCAAGCCCUCAGGGAUUGAUAGCUCUGAGGAAUUGUCCAACUUGCUGGAGGACAACCUGGGAGAUGCUGGUGUGUCAUAAAUAAUGAAGUACUGGGGGUAAGGGAGGGAGAGCCUCAGUCCUUGGUGGCUUUACCAGAACUGGCAUCUCUCAAACAGACAAAUUGCACUUUUUUUUUUCUAAAAAAAUGAGCCAGUAAAGGAGAGACAGAGGCAGGAAGCAGGAAAAAAACCCCACCAAACAUAUGAAUGUGCCAAAAUUCCUGUGAAUAAGAGGUGAUGAUACAGCACUAAAGAUGGUGCUGGGGACAUGGGGAGAAGGGACAGGAGGAACAUGGGCAGGAAGGGAGAGGCCAGCACAUGGCCCCCACGUUUUACACAGGUGGAGAUGAAGCUGCAGCACCAGGAGAGCCCCUCAGAGGAUGCCCCAGUGUGUUCUGCUAUUUCCCCACCACCCUUGGGAGCAGAAGCUUUCCAGGAACCCUGUGGAAGAGCAGAUCACUGAGAAGGAGCAGUGGGAGGACUGUGUUGGUGACAUGGUGUUUUGCUUGGUUGUGUUCCAUUAACAGGAAACUCGAUUUGCAUGUAUAAAAAACAGGGCCAGAUGCCAAAAGCAGA